AUGGAAGAAGACUCAGUCCACCUCACUGUGUUCGCCCUUGGUGGGGGAGCUCAUCGCCUGUCAGUGCAACUCAGCCUAACUCUCGACGAGUUGAAGGUGCAACUGGAGGGGGCCAUUGGGGCAGCCUGGCAGUCGCAAAUUCUCAUCUACAAGAGCAUCUUCUUAUGCAAUGGUAAGGGCAAGCUGAGGGAGUUGAUACCGGACGCUGUGGAAGGAGGGACUCUGGAGCUGACUCUCCUCAACAAGAGUCCUGAAGAUGUUUCCUGGCUCGCGGGGAUCCAGCGCCCAUCCGACGCAGAGGGCCUCGCUCCUUGUGGGACCAAAGCCACGGUCUUGGAGGCUUUGUUUCAAACCUGCUGUCAUAGUAGGGCCUUGAAGCACGCGAGCCCCGACCUGCAAGCCGAUCGGGAGGUAGUCCUGCUGGCUGUGCAGCAGAAUGGGCGCGCACUCGCGCACGCCGCCCCUACAAUGCAGGCCGACAGGGAAGUCGUUCUCGCAGCGCUUCGUGAGAAUGGGCUCGCGCUGGCGACCGUCUCUGAAGCCUUCGGUGAUGACAAGGAGGUUGUCCUUACAGCAGUCCAAACCGAUGGACCGGCUCUGCAGUAUGCGUCGAGCAGACUGAAGGAUGACAAGGACGUAGUGAUGGCAGCUGUACGCAGAGGCGCCAUGGCCAUGCAGCAUGCAUCAGAGGCCCUCUGUGCCGACCCAGACGUGGUACUCGCAGCCACCAGCAAGAGCCCCUACACGAUUGGCUAUGCUGCUGAGAAGUUCCGUAAUGACAAGGAGCUGAUGCUGGGGAUCGUGCAGCGGGAUGGGUUCGGCUUGCAGUAUGCCUCUCUGACAUUGCGAGCCGACAGGGACCUGGUCCUUGCAGCUGUGCGGAGGGCCGGCUGUGCCUUAGAACACGCUGCAGACACCUGGCGAGCUGACAAGCACAUGGUGCUUGAGGCGGUCAAGUGCGACGGCCUCGCUCUUCGCAUGGCCUCCCACGAGUUGCAGCAGGAUAGGGACGUCGUCUUGGCUGCCGUGAGUAGCGUCGGAACCAUGCUGCAACAUGUCUCGCCAGAGCUUCGUGCAGACAAGGACGUGGUUCUUGCAGCUGUGCGGUCCAACUACUGCUCGAUUGAGCUUGCUUCUCCUGCACUCCAGAGCGACCCAGACGUGAUUGAGGCCUCCACGAAAGCUCGUGAGAUGUACGUGCAGAACUUCGAGCAGAUGAAGGCGGGUCUCGCUACGAAGGCGGCUCUCGCUCAGCCAAAUGUCAGUUGGCGUGUGUCCGAAAAACCAAGCAGCUAG